GGCAUUUUGUGGGCGCCGCGCCCCUGCAUGGGCCUCAGCCUCAGGCUGCGGCUUGCCGGCUGCAAUCAAUGGUGUCCUUUGCCCACCAACAAUGGGCAAAAGGGGACCAAGUCCUGGUACAAUUCGCUGGGAGCAUGGCAUCUGGAGAGCAAUUCUAUUGUUGGGGGCAUGUCUCUUCUUCGGUCUGAUUUUUAUCCGUAGAACGCUCUCCCAUUCAGAAAAGGAUACCUUUCAAAAGAUCCAUGACGGCCCCUCCAGCCCUCUCCCUGAUGGGGGUUUCCUUACUGAACAAGUCCUCGGAAGGAGCGAGAGUGUCGAACUACCGGUUUCGAAAGGUGCGUCAGUCACAGUGUCGGGUGGGACAUGCCAGCUGGGCCUAGAGCUCGGCAGCAUUGCGUGCUGCGGCCAUCGGGGGGCCCGCAUUAUGGCGCCGGAGAACACGCUCGCAGCUUUCCGAGCUGCGAUUGAGCUCGGAGCUAAUUGCUUGGAGAUGGACGUCCACAUGACGGCGGACGAUGGGCUGGUUGUGAUGCACGAGAGAACGAUGCGGGAGAAGUACUACAGCAGCGCCAAGCUUCCUGUCGCAAAGAAGGGUGUCAAGCGGGCACUGACGGGCUGGGAUUCUGGGGGACGAUGGGGCGCUCAGUCUCAGCGGAGACACCCAACUGCUCAAAGGUCGGGAAGAGACUUGGCAUCGUUAGCUGGCGGGCCACGAGAAGACGUCCAUUCAAUCAGUCUAUCACGCACCAUAACAAUUGACCGCACCACCGAUGACAAUCUUCAAAGAAAGGGCCGCAAGCUUGUUGAAGCGGACGUGCAACCGAGAGUUGAAGACAUGUGUCUAAGCGAGAUCAAGGAGCUCGAUGCAGGGGGCUGGUUUGGGCCGGAGUUUGCAAGCACACCGGUGCCCAGCCUGGGCGGAGUCUUGGAGUUCCUUUGGAAAGAGGAACUGCAGAUGGUAGUGGAGCUGAAAGCGGAAGCGCGCUGCGAUACCACCACCGAUGAGGGCAGCUCUAAUGAGGACUACUGGGAUGUCGGCGCAUCCAGUAAGGCUAUCCACAAGGCCCCGUCGACAGUACGCUGUUCAUCUCGGCAGUUUGAAAAGCGUUUCGUGCGGUCGCUGAUGGAGUUGCUCGACUCGCUGGAGCAUCCAGACCAUACUGGUGGCAGAACACAGCAACGACUCCGGGUGCUGUUUGCCAGCUUCAACCACCGUCUGAUAGACCAACUGACGAUGGAGCUGGGCAGGCGACAAAGUGGCGGCACAACAGCUUUCGUUUUAGGUACAGCUUACAUUCUCCAUCCGCAGGAGGUCUACGACGGUAAAAACUUUCUGAAGGAAGUCAAAUGGUUGGCUAAUCACUGGUCGAAGACUGAUCUGGUGAUGGAUACAAACGCUAUGCAUACGGGAAGGCAGGUCGUUGCCUGGGUAGCGGACGAUCUGCCGGAACUGAGGCACCAAGUUAAUCUAGGAGUAAGUGGUGUCAUUACCAACGAUCCCUCCUUAUGUCGACAGCUCUGCAGCUAGUGGUGCAUCUCGGUGGCAGGGGCGGCAUCGGCAAUACAGGAACUUCCGUCAAGUACUGUAAUGACUUUGUCACGUUUUGAUAGAUGAAGGCCAUCAGACGAUAGUAACAAUCACAUGCAGGUAGACAGGUAGCCCCUUAAAAGUCUGGAAGAGAUCAUGUGUCAGCAUCCGUAGUUGGUUCAUAGUAUUAUGGCCAAUCAAGCUAGGAUUAAAUGCCGCAUGCCCGGGUAGCUGAGGCCCAGUAUGCAUGUGCGUAAUGAUUGAAGAGGCCGACGGUAGCAGAAGCGACCUCGGAUCGCAAGAGGAUAGACAUUGG